UUCCAGGCGGUGUCGGUUAAUAUCGGUUCGAAACACCUACGCAAAUCGUUCCAGAUUCAUAUGUUGAUUGGCUCGUCUCUCAUUUUAUUGAGAAUGAAGAGGCUGCUCUUUUGGUGUACUUUUGAGUGAUAACUUUUAGUAGCAUACUCCGAUGUUAAAUUGCAGAGUUCCUACGCAAAAUGUGUAAAGGUAAGCAGGUCUGGUAAUAUAAUAUAAUCAGAGUAAAUAUCAUGGUAGUGUAAAAUGGUGUCGAAAUUAUUAAAUUGUUAUAGCGCACAAGCCUAGAGUAUGUAGAGCCCUUAGUGCACACACACACACAUGUACACACACAACAAUGUACAGUGAAGAUUAACAUUUUACUGGCAAAUGAUUGACAGCUUGCUUUGGAAAAUUCCCAGAACAAGAUUCGGUAAGCUAAAUGAACGAGUCUGAAGGGGAAAGGAACUUUCUAGAAACUUCCGACAGUCACAAACAGUUUUUUUUUGUGAGUUGCUGUGCUGAUUCGUGAGAUAUAAAAAAAGAUUUGAUGUUACUAUAUUCACACAGCCUCUGGUGUGAAAACGGCAGGAGAUCUCAUGUUUUGUGUGAAACAGUAGAUUUAUUCAGCGAGUGCACCAUCUUUGCAAUUCACUCACUGAAAUGAUGAGGAAGCUCUCAUUAAGUGUGUCUCUGUAUGUGUGUGUGUGUGGGUGUGUGUAUGUGUGUGUGUCCACUGGAUGCUUCAGUGUCUUGGUCUCGUUCUUUAUUGCUCUUUUAAACCCUCCAUGGCUACUCCCUCUCUCUCUUCUCCCUCCGGUUAUUUAGUGGCCAGGCGCAAUAAAACACACAAUUUAUAGCUUACUUUUUAAUUAGAAAUAAUGUCUUGUAGGUCCUCGGUGAUCUAUGGCUUAAUCAAUAUAUAGAGCGCAGUGAAGGCAUGACGGACGGAGUAUUGACACGCAGCAGGUAGCCUAACUUAACACACUCAGUCUCUGUGAGCAAUCGGGAAGGUUUGUUUCAGCCGGGGGACGGACUCGCUACUAUAUCAUCUGUCUUAAAGAUCAUUCGGACGCUGUUCUGCUCUUUUUUGCUGAUCCAUUAUUUGAUUGAAAUGUUGCAGGUAAAAAUUCAGGGCUCAUAGUGUGUGUGUGUGUGUGUGUGUGCUACAAAAAGCCAAACGGGUCAUGUUCAGAUCCCUUACCUCUGAUACAGAUAUAUAGUUGAGAUGGAUUUCUCCAAUCGUCUUUUUCUUAAUCAAUCAUGAUGUAAGAUUACCUCAGUGGCUCUUCAUUAAAAGAGACGAUAUGCUACGUACCUGUAAUUAGCAUUAAUCUGUACAUGUGUCAGGACAGAGGGGCCCUGACUGAUGAAUUAUGGGACAUGCAGCCCGCUAUGAGGGAGUGGAAGCGGAACAGGCUGUGCAGCCGUGAUAAGAGUGAAGGGUAAUAAUUGGCGGCUGAUAGAGCUUUGUGGAUGACCUCAGUCAGACCUGCUACUGAUAACAUGCAUCCAGGUCCAAUCAAUGGCUUAAGCUCACUCACACACAUGCCAAGAUACAUUAUAACUCAGUCACUUACAGCAAGAGGACAGAUUUUACACAUUUCUACUCCAUUUAUAAAAGUUCAGUUGAUUUACUUCUUCCUAACAUUGUUUCACUUUCUUCCUGACGUUCCCUUGUUGUGAACUGCUCUAUAUAUAAGGAAUAAAAAAUGUUGGAAAAAUUAAUUCAUUUUCCAAUAAAGGUAGUCCAGCAUUUUGCCAGCGGUUAAAGUUUUUUUUAUUAAUUAAAGAAUGACAUGACAACUUUUUAUCUAGUUACAUUUAAUGUUGUUAGAAGAUCCAAGAAACAAGUUACUUAUCACUUGUAACAGCUAUAAACAGUUGUUUUUCCCUCACCAGCCUCUAUUGUAUCCCUCUUGAAUUAAAAAAAAUCUAUACAGUUACUGAGAAAUCGGAAAAGCCCGUCCUGAAAUCUUCAAGUUAUAGUUUUACCUCUAACACUGGAGACUCCUUCCAAAAAUACUAAAUAAACAUCACAUAGAAAACUUCACCAUGUCAAUGAUUAUACAUGUUUUUAAAAUCUGUUACAAUCGCACAAUCCCAGAAAUACUAGUAUGACUAUACGACAGAAAUGAUACAGAGGUUACGAUGUAACAGCGUCUUAGGUUUGAAGAAAGUAAUAACUGUUGCUAGGUGGUUUAAUCCAAUUAUAGAACAAGUCCACUUUUUUCAACGCCAUGUUUUGUGUACAUGAACUUUCAGUGUAGUUUCAACCCAGUAAUCUGAAAGUGGUGCCAGCCCGUGCUGAUUCGUCAUGCAGAGGAUUCACAUGUGGACUUAACGCCUUCCUGUAGACACAACAUUUUAUGGCAAGGGAGACAUUUGUGCUUAUGGAAUACAAAGGGAGGACUGAAAAAUAAUUCACAGUGCUAGUGAGUCAGAAAACAGGAGUGGGGUGGGUUGGAUGCCUAUGCACUGAGAGCACACAUACACACACGCUUACACACACAUGCUUACUGAGCGAGGAGGAGAGAGGCCAUUGUUGUGUGAAUUCCCCUCCUUACACACUGAGCUGUUGAUUUAUUGUGGGAAUGAGAUAGGCAGAAUGCAGAAAAUGGAUUAGCCAUUAUACAGUAACAGCCACGAGGUGCCUGCUUAUAAUAACUUUACUGAUCACCAUCACACACACACACACACACACACAUGGAGUCAUAUGUGACUGAAAAAUACUAACAGACCCUGGACUGUAAUCUUCAAUUACUAAGCCUUGAGUAUUGAUUGUUCUAACAGCCCGCAUAACAUGUUAGUGUGUGUGUGUGUGUGUGUGUGUGUGUGUGUGUGUGUGUGGUGUGUGAGGGCAUGUAUUUAUAUCUUAGUGGGGACUAAAUGAAACAAGGAUACAAAUAGCUGACAGCAGCCCUGUUUUUUCUAGUCGGAACUAGCCAAAGUCCGCACUUUUUUGUUUUGUUUUAAAAAAAAAAAACUAAGAGGGCCAAAAUGUUUCCAUUUGGCUACCGAGUUAAAGCUUUAAAGGGUUAAAUUUAGGUGUAGGCAUAGCAUUUAUUAGCACCAUUAAUAAUUAUGUCAAUGGAAGGUCCCUACAAGGAUAAUAAAACAAACAUGCGCACUUGUGUGUGUGUGAGUCCCUUGGAGACAUAAAAGCAAAAAUAUUGACAUAGAAAUGUGUUUUUCUUUAAUUGAAAUUGAAUUAUUUUUGUUACUGAGUUGAAGGUUAAUAGCCUUUGAUUUCCUAUUAUUGCCUGAAUGACAUCAUAUAGAUGUGACUAAAAAGAUGGCACACAUGUAGGUUAUAUAGAUAGUCAGCUCACAGUACCUUACAGUGUCGAUAUCCAGCCCUGUGUGGCCUCUCUUUCUACCCGUGAGCCGACGAGAGCAUAGAGAGCUCUUAAGUGGUUGGUCCCCAUUAGACAUUAGUGGAAACAGGUAAGCUGAUAUCGCUUUGGGUCCUUCAGAUAAAUCCACUACACAUAGGUGAUGACUGACGAUCACAUUAGCUACAUCGCAUACUGUCGAAACAGUGGUGUUAGGUUGCGGAUAGGAAAUCAGAGUAGUGUAGUUAACGUAAUCAUAUCCCGAAUAACAUUGAUGGAGCAGUUAGGUAACUAAUAUAUAUAGCUAGGAGGCCCUCUGUUUUUUAUACCAAUAUGCAGGUCCCCAAAAACAUAUAUAAAAAACAAUCUUCUAUACAUGAUCCAAGUCAUUUCAAAGAACGAGUGCUUGAGUCACUGGUACAUGCCCAAUGCUGAUGAGUGAAGUGUCUGGGAAUGCACUACAAGGUGAAUGGUUAACUGCCCUCUACAGCAGGUCAAAACUUCUGAAACAUUCAAGACCCUGUAAACAUCUGAUACAAAAGCCUUGAGCAAUUCUGACCUGAGUCUUUAGGUCUUAGUCGCGUAUUAACUGUUAGCUAACGUGAGAGACCGUGGCAAACGUACAUAAGUUCAUUCGACAAAAACCGCCUUUCUCACCAAACAGGUGACGUCGUAGUAGUCCACAACUUUCCCCAACCUGAGCUCAGUCCAGUUUGCCUCCACCAGCUGGAUCUCACACCUGUAUUGGCCAACCGAUAGAAAGCAGCGAAAAGGGGUGGGGCCAUGUGGGCGCUUCGGAUGCUCCUAUUGGCCAGCCUGCUGGGUCCUGCGGCCCUGGCGUUUAGCCGUGCCCCAGUGCCCAUGGCCGUGGUGCGGAGAGAGCUAUCGUGUGAGAGUUACCCCAUCGAGCUGCGCUGUCCCGGUACUGACGUCAUCAUGAUCGAGAGCGCCAACUACGGACGCACAGAUGACAAGAUCUGCGACGCCGAUCCUGCACAGAUGGAGAACACACGUUGCUACCUUCCAGAUGCUUACAAGAUCAUGAGCCAGAGAUGUAAUAACAGGACACAGUGUGCAGUCGUAGCUGGCCCCGAUGCAUUUCCAGACCCCUGCCCCGGAACCUACAAGUACUUGGAAGUUCAGUAUGAGUGUGUGCCGUACAUCUUCCUGUGUCCAGGCCUCCUGAGGGGUGUGUACCAAAGCGAGCACUUGUUUGAGUCUGAUCACCAGUCAGGCGCGUGGUGUAAAGACCCUCUGCAGGCCUCGGAAAAGAUCUACUAUAUGCCAUGGACACCGUACCGCACAGACACCCUCACCGAGUACUCCAGCAAGGAGGACUUUAUUGCAGGACGACCCACGACUACGUACAAACUCCCCCACCGGGUGGACGGCACAGGCUUUGUAGUCUACGAUGGCGCACUCUUCUUCAACAAGGAGCGCACAAGGAACAUUGUCAAGUUUGACCUGCGUACACGCAUCAAGAGCGGCGAGGCUAUCAUCGCUGGUGCCAACUACCAUGACACAUCACCCUACCGCUGGGGUGGAAAGUCAGACCUGGAUCUGGCUGUCGAUGAGAAUGGCCUGUGGGUGAUCUAUGCCACUGAGCAGAACAGUGGUCGCAUUGUGGUCAGCCAGCUGAACCCUUACACGUUGCGUGUGGAAGGUACUUGGGACACAGCCUAUGAUAAACGUUCAGCCUCCAAUGCUUUCAUGAUCUGCGGUGUGCUCUACGUGCUCCGGAGUGUCUACGAGGACGAUGACAGCGAGGCCACGGGCAACAGGAUCGACUACAUCUACAACACGGAGCUUUCCAAAGAUGGCUACCUAGACAUCCCGUUUCCCAACUCGUACCAGUACAUUGCCGCCGUAGAUUACAACCCUAGGGACAACCUGCUCUACGUUUGGAAUAACUACCAUGUGGUUAAAUACUCGCUGGAUUUUGGGGCACUUGACACUCGACCAGAAUCGUCCUCCUCGGUUCACGUCUUCAUGGACACCACCACCACCAGGACGACCACCCGCCCAACUACAGUGUCCACAGCCACCAUCUCUACCACUACAGCCACCACCUCUAGCUCUACCAGAUCUCCGGCUCUGAGUGUGUUCACUCCGAGGGCUCACACCACUACCGUUGAGCUCCGACCUCCAGGCGGCUCCGGGCCCCUUUCCAGCACACGCCCACCACCUUCCUCCAUCCUGCCCAACAACGCUGCAGAGUUCUGUAACCCUACUGUGGAGGCGGAGCUUACCUGGCCCAAAACUCGCCAGGGCCUCACUGCUACGCAGCCAUGCCCCUUUGGAACAAUUGGCAAUGCCUCAUUUGCGUGUAUGGGUCCUGAAGGACUGUGGGAUCUGCAAGGUCCUGAUCUCAGCAACUGCACUUCAGCUUGGGUGAACAUCAUCAGCCAGAAGAUACGAGCCGGAGAGCCAGCGGCCAUCAUCUCACGUGAGCUGUCAGAGCAGACCAAGAACCGCAUCCACUCCGGGGACAUCACAUACACGGUGCGAGCUUUGGGCCAGCUGGUGGACCUGCUCGAUGUCCAGCUACGCAAUCUCACUCCCGGGGGCAAAGACAGCGCCGCUCGCAGUCUCAAUAAGCUGCAGAAAAGGGAGCGCUCCUGCCGCUUUUUUGUCCAGGCGAUGGUGGAGACGGUGAAUAACUUGCUGCAGCCUCAGGCACACUCGGCCUGGAGAGCGUUGUCAGCAGGAGAGCAGCUGCGCGCUGCCACCAUGCUGCUGGACACAGUGGAGCAGGGUGCCUUCGUGCUAGCCGACAAUCUGCUCAAGACCGACGUCGUCCAGGAGAACACCAACAACAUCCAGCUGGAGGUGGCUCGGAUGAGCACAGAUGGCAACCUCCCAGAUCUGAAGUUUCCUCAGACGGGAGACCAAAGCAACUCCAUCCACCUGUCUGCCAACACCCUUAAACAACACGGCAGGAACGGUGAGAUCCGCAUGGCGUUUGUGCUUUAUAAGCACCUAGGCACAUACCUGUCCACUGAAAACGCCAGCAUGAAGUUCGGCAGCGAGGCUCUCAGCACCAACUACACCGUCAUCGUCAACUCGCCCAUCAUAACGGCUGCUAUCAACAAAGACAGCAAUAAAGUGUACCUGUCAGACCCUGUCGUAUUCACGGUGCGCCACAUCCAGCAGUCGGAGGAGAACUUCAACCCAAACUGCUCAUUCUGGAGCUACUCCAAGCGCAGCAUGACGGGCUUCUGGUCUACGCAGGACUGCCGUCUCCUCUCUACCAACCGCACGCACACCACCUGCUCCUGCACACACCUGACCAACUUUGCUGUGCUCAUGGCCCACGUCGACGUCAAGAGUGCAGACCCGGUGCAUGACCUGUUGCUGAAUAUGAUCACAUGGGUGGGCAUCCUGCUGUCACUCGUCUGCCUGCUCAUCUGCAUCUUCACCUUCUGCUUCUUCCGAGGCCUGCAGAGUGACCGCAACACCAUCCACAAGAACUUGUGCAUUUCGCUGUUCAUCGCCGAGACGCUCUUCCUGACAGGCAUCAACCGUACCGACCAGCCUAUCGUCUGCGCUGUGUUCGCCGCUCUGCUGCAUUUCUUCUUCCUGGCGGCGUUCACGUGGAUGUUUCUGGAAGGCGUGCAGCUCUACAUCAUGCUGGUGGAGGUGUUUGAGAGCGAGCACUCCCGCAAGCGCUACUUCUACCUGGCCGGUUACGGCAUCCCGGCUCUCGUCGUGGCCGUUUCUGCUGCCGUGGACUACAGGAGCUACGGCACAGAGAGAGUGUGCUGGUUGCGUCUGGACACGUAUUUCAUCUGGAGUUUUAUUGGGCCUGCCACGCUAAUCAUUAUGCUGAACGUCAUCUUCCUGGGCAUCGCCUUGUACAAAAUGUUCCACCACACGGCCAUCUUGAAGCCCGACUCAGGCUGCCUUGACAACAUUAAAUCGUGGGUGAUCGGGGCGAUUGCUCUGCUGUGUUUGCUGGGUCUGACCUGGGCGUUCGGCCUCAUGUACGUCAACGAGAACACGGUUAUAAUGGCCUACCUCUUCACCAUCUUCAACUCCCUGCAGGGCAUGUUCAUCUUCAUCUUCCACUGCGUGCUGCAGAAAAAGGUGCGUAAGGAGUACGGGAAGUGUUUGCGUACUCACUGCUACAGUGGGAAGAGCGUGGAUUCUUCAAUGGGCUCGAGCAAAAGCUCAGGCUCUCGUGCACCCGGUCGCUACUCCUCUAGCUCGCAGGUCCACCACCAGCCUUGUAUGACAAACUGCUCACAGUUACAGUAUGAACAAAGUCGGAUUCGUCGGAUGUGGAACGAUACAGUGCGGAAGCAGUCGGAAUCAUCCUUCAUCACUGGAGACAUCAACAGCUCUGCUACCAUCAACAGAGGUGCUAUGGCCAAUCAUCUCAUCUCAAAUGCUCUGCUGCGACCGCACGGUUCAAACAACCCCUAUAACACUUUAGUGGGGGACUCGACCGUGUAUAACAACCCCACUCUGAGCAUGUACAACACACAAGACCCCUACAGAGAGACAAAGGGAAUCUUGAACAAUGCCCGGGAUACAAGUGUCAUGGAUACUCUACCACUGAAUGGUAACCAUGGCAACAGCUACGGCCUGGCGGGUGCUGAUUACCUGAGCGAGUGCGUGCAAAUGAUGGAGCGUGGCGGCUAUGGCGUCCCACAUGCCACGCACCCGCACACCCCGCUGGAGAAGCGCAUACUCCAAGAGCUCACCUCUAACUACCUACCCCCCUACCUGAACAACCAUGAACGCAACAACCUCGUCAACAAGCUCGUCAACAAUGUCAGCAACAUCACCAACGUCACUCACGUGAGCAACAUUGCUAACAUGAGUAAUGUCAGUAACAUGAGCAACCUCGCAAACGUGAGCAACCUGGCUAAUGUGAGUAAUCUCAGUAACAUGAAUAAUAACGGAACUGUGAGUGGUGGGCGGGGCAAAGACGCGUCGGCUCCUCCUCUCAGCCUCACGCUGGACCUUGAUGACUCUCCAGCCUUCAUCCCUGAUGAGAGUCUGGGCCUUGAGUUGAUCCGUGACGAGUCCGACACCCCGCUGCUGCCCCAGCAACGGCCUACCCAUCACACCCAACCUCGACCCUCUUUUGGCUCCACCUCCUCGUCUCGCCGCCGCCUCCCACAGGAAAACAGUGAGAGUUUUUUUCCGCUGCUGACUGAAGAGCAGGGCGAUGAAACGCCCUCGCCAAGGAGAGACUCAGCCAGCCAAGAGCGGUCUGACACACACACGUUGCCACGCAGUGGAGGAGGAGGAGGAGGUGGAGGCGCAGGGGAGGACGCACGUGAGCCCACAGAGAGCGAUGAUGUGUACUACAAGAGCAUGCCUAACCUAGGCUCCAAGAACCAUCUGCACCAACUGCACUCUUACUACCACCUAGGCCGAGGUAGCAGCGAUGGCUUCAUCGGUCCCGCCAACAAGGACGAAGCUCCACCCACUGAAACCCCACAAGAGCCUGCCCAGCUCGUCACCAGCCUAUAGAGGACCACACAACCAACACACACACACACAGACACACACACACAAUUGAUGUGGAGGUUUCCUCCUGUCAUUCCUCACAUCAUUUCCUUCGCUUUUCCGUACUGGUCAAUCGUCCGCAGUCGUAGACAUUUCUCUUACGUGUUCUCAAAAAAAAAAAAAAAAAAGAACAAAACAAGGAAAAUAACUUUGGAGAUGUUUUUUUUUUUUUUUUUUUGUAUUCUGACUGAUAAAUCAGAUUGGAUUGUAGAUGUCUGGCCUCAGACAUGACCUGAUGGGGUUUUUUUUCAGAUUCUUUAAGUGUGCAGUUUUAUUUCCCACGGACAGACAGAGACCACUGAGUCAAUAAUGGAUUUCUGUGUUAUUUAGUGGGAUAAGUGAGAAAGAAAAAGACUUCUCAAAGGAUUUACAAAAAAAUGCAGACUGAAACACUGAGGCAGUGCAUAGACUUGGUGCCAAACAAAUAAAUCAGAUGGAGAAAACGCUACAAAAGACUAUUUUAAUACACUUCUUUAACUGACAUCUGCUUUUUAAAUGUUUCUCCUUCCUGUGCGAUGAGUCCGAUACAGUCGUCCCAAUAAGUCAAGUGGAAAAAUGUGCAUUUUUGAACUUUCUUGCAAAGGAUGACUUUGCCAUAGGGCACUUUGUUUUGUUUUCUUUUUUUCUUUUUUUGCGUAUUAAUAACAAAUAUUAAAAAGAGGAGGGGAAAAAACUAAUAUCACAGAGAAUUAUAAGAUAUUUCUAUGUAAAUGUACAGCUACUAGCAUUACAGUCUGCAGUCUGCUUUUUUCUGUUGCUCUGUCAGCGUGGUGAUUUAGAAUCAGUUCAGUUCUCUCCUGACGCUCUUGGUCCGGACUGCAGCUCUGCUCUCACGCUCUCUUCCGCUGUUUGAUUUGUACAUUUCACUUUGCAGCAAUUAACGGAACCACAGAAAAAAAAUCCCGAUGGUCAUUUAAAGAACGUAACCAGAAUAUUUUGUCCCCUCAGAACUCGUUAAUUUUUUUUUUUUUAUUUAAUGAUUUCUUCAUUGUGUAGAUAAAAGUGAUAUCAGAGUCAUGUUGCCAUUUUGGGCCAGAGAUGCAAAUUUCCUUUGAGAUUGACAACCGUAGAGCAAAGUGCGACGUGAAGCACUAUCCGUGCUUGCCGAGGAAGACUCCAGCGAUGAAAAGGUGAAGACUGAUUUCCGCAUUUAUAUGCACUAGGCACUUGUAUAAAACGAUGGAGGAUGUUUGACUUAUUAAAGCUCAAUAUUUGCAGUGAGAAGAUGAAGAACCCGUGUGUUUCAUUUCAGCUGGGUGAAAAAAAGACUUAUUUAUUUCUUUCAAGACAACAGCAGUCUCAUAUGGUAAAACUUGCAAAAAUAUGACCAUAUUUUAUUUAUUUUUUUGUUUUUUUUUCUGUUUUAUAUUGAUUUUUGAAUCAAACUGAAUCAAAUGACCUCCUGACUAAUAUUUGUUGUACCAGUGAAACUUGUUUGCCAACAAAUAAAUUACUGCUUAAGACUGAAAUUUUCGCCGGGGUGCUGUUAUGUGGGUGGAUUUUCUGCGUCUGUCUGCCCGAGAGACUUUAAACGGAUGGCAAAAAUCUCUGGAGAGCACUUAAUUUAAUAAAAAAAAAAGAAAGAAAAGCCAUUCUGGCUGUAGUUAAUAACCAGUUACAAGUGCAUUAGACCCGUCAAACAAUGAGUGUGAUUGAAUCCUGAAAAACGUACUUCAACAUGGUGCUCGGAGUAGCACCAUGUCUCGAGAAGAUUAGUGUGUCUGUCCGCACUAAAGCACUUCUACUGAAUCCAAAUGAAGCCCUUUAAGUCUGUCCCAAAUGAAAAACACUUUUCGAGCAGGAGAAAAUGGGUGGAGUGAGCAGUUCUCAUGGUUACAACAAGGAUUUUUAAUUUAAAAGCAGCUACAAAAAAAAAACGUGUUGAUCAAUAUUCAAUGUCCCCUAAAGGCUUGUUUACAGACCAGUUUGAUUUCACAGAUAAGUUUUGAUUGUGUGUGUGUGUGUGUGUGUGUGUGUGUGUGUGUGUGUGGUAAUGAUAUGGGUUAUGUCAUUUCAAGUGGCAUUUGAAAAACUGUGAAUCUCCAUUACAUUACUGAUGGCACAUGUGUGCCAACCCUUGUGUGAGUCCGCAAAGUGCCAUUUGUGUCCACUAAUGUUACAUUUACAAAUGUAAAGUGUGUAACGUAAAUCCUUUUCCAUGAGGCAUCCAAUAAAGAUUGUGGAAAAAUGUA